AUGAUCACGGGGACAUUUGAACAUCGUCAACAGUCAAUGGUGCCGUCCAGUACGAUGAUAGCGAAUCUUGAGAGAUACCUGUUCCGCGUUGAUGACCCGGGAGAGGUCGUACGCAGUAUUGAAAGAGGUAAUCCUGAGGGACGUACCCUGAAGGACGCCACAGAGGCGGCCCUGCGCCAGGUGGUUGGACAGCGUAGCAUUGACGACACCCUGGUGCUCAACAGAGAGGUAGUGGAAGAGCGGACCAGGGAGUUGCUCCAGCAGAUACUGGACCAAUACGAUACCGGAAUCCAGGUGAACACCGUGGCGCUCCAGACCGUGCGCCCCCCGGACCAGGUGCGGGCCGCUUUCGAUGACGUGGUCAACGCCCGAGUAGACAAAGAGAGCCGCAUCAACGAUGCCAAGGCCUUUGAGCAGGACCGGAUCCCCAGGGCGGAGGGUGACGCCGCCCAGGUGGUGCAGGCUGCCGAGGCUUUCAAAGCUGAGCGCAUAGCCAGGGCCACCGGUGAAGUAAACCGCUUCCGGUCAGUCUUGAGAGAGUACCUCAGCGCUCCGGACGUUACCCGCCAGCGUCUCUACCUUGAGGCAAUGGAGGGCAUUCUGCCCGGCAUAAAGAAGUUCAUCUUGUCUGAGGAGAGCCAAGGCAGUCUGUUGCAGUUCCUCCCAUUGACCGACAAUGAGGUGGCCGGCUUUGGGGUAGCUUAUACGGUGGACGAGACCGAGUACGUGGUCAUAACCCGCUUUGGAGAGGUGCAGAGGGGAAUUGCCAGUCCCGGCCUGAAGUUCAAGUCGCCUGUUGAGAGCGUUGUACGGUUCGAUAAGAGGCUGCUCCGUAUCGACGUGCCGGUUCAGAGUAUGCCGGACAGGGACAGCCAGUUCCUGGAGAUAGACGCCUACGUCCGCUACAGGAUCAGGGAUCCCAAGGUCUUUCUGGAGAACCUGCGGGAUGAGUUCACCGCCGGGCAGCGUAUCGGAAGCUUGGCUAUCUCAGCCAUCCGCGAUGAGGUGGGCGUGAGAGACCGGAGGGACAUCAUAGGUGGCGAUCCCAUAACACAGAGAUGGCACUAUCAUCGUGUUCCCCAGGCAAACUGA